AUGGUCUCAAAAGCAAUCAGAACCGGUGCGUUGGAACGAGUGAAGCAAGCGUCUGAAGACGUUGAAGCUGUCGAACAACCUCAAAAGAAGCAACUACGAGUGGACCAACAGGGAGACCAGGUGAAAGCUACAGGCUUAAUCCCUCCACCAUUCCUACGAAAGGAACCGUAUGUUAGCACCGCUUAUCAUAGCAAUUCUGCAUGUUGA